GAUUUGAAAAGUCUUCAGCUCCGUUAGUUAGGUUUCGCUAUUCCCACUCACGCCUCCACUUUUAAUUACUUUCCAAACCUUCAAAGUCCAUAGUUCCUAUUCAUUCAAAAAGGAGUACAAACAAAGCACUAUCUACAUUCAAACAUUCAAGUGAAAAUUUAGAGCGAUGUCUUUGUCUACUAUUAAAAAACACAUAGCACGAUGUAAUCAGUUUUUAUCCGAAAAAUUGGGAGCUACUAAGGCCAUGGACAAGGGUCCCGAUUACAAACAACUUACUCAGCUUAUGGACUCAUACAAAGCCUUUUAUGAAGAUGUACAAAGGCGGGUUAUUGACUGUUUAGAACCUAACCCUAAUGCGCGAAAACGAGCAUGGGCUAAUGCUGCCGUAAAUAAAAUUCAGGGAAACACAAACAAUGAGAGUUAUCCUCAUGCAGAGAGGUUUCUUUCUGACUGCUUUUUGGAGUAUGGAAAACAAUUAAGUCAGCAAUCCGGUUUGAGUCUGGCACUUAUACAAUGUGGGGAAGCAUACAAUAAAAUUGUUGAAUCAAAAAAUCAAUCAGUAGAUGAAACAAAAUCUGGCUAUUUAAAACCGAUUUCUGAGAAGUUACACCGAGAUAUCAGGAAAAUAUCAGUACUUCGAAGAAAAGUUGAAAAUAAACGAUUGACGUUCGCUCAUAGAAAAAAUGUCUUAGAAAAAAAUGCGUUCACAACCAAUGCUCACCCGGAUCAAGCAUUUGAGGAGUGUAGAGUUCAGUAUGAAGACUCAUUGGCAGCUAGUACAACAGCUAUGUCGAACUUUUUGGAUACUGAAGUUGAACAGAUCAAAACUUUGUCUAAUUUCGUUAAUGCUCAAUUAAGCUUCUAUCAGGAUGCUGCUCGGAUUUUAUCCGAUCUACAUGGAGAACUUGAAAUGAGAUUAUUGGAUGCUAGAGCAAUCAUUCGAUCUCCCUCCCUUCGGUGUCUAUCUUCUGUAUGUAGAUGUGUUUCAUUUAUUUACUUAUUCAGUACACUGUUUUACUCUUAAAUCACUGAAAUAGUUUUGUUUUUCUAUAUGAGAAAAUGAACACAUAUACAGAAAAUAUCUAGUAGAGUAUACUUUAACAGUUCACUUUAUGAUUUAUUUUCACAUCAUUAUUGUUUUACGUUAACGUAUGUAAUGUACUUACUUUUUUAAAUGAAAAAAUAACGAAUUAGUUUAGUUUAUAUAAUGUUAACACCAGUCAGUAUGAUGCAAUUUUCUUCGUACUUAUAUUUGUAUGUAUGUCAAUCAGUAUGGAAAGUUUAAUUUCAUUUGUUAAUACACGAAUCGGUGUUUUGGUAUAGAUUUUAGUUGUUUUCUCUUUUUGUCUGUCUGAGUUACGUACUUUAUGUGUUUAAAAUCGAAUACUCUAUCAAUUUAGCUAGGUAAUUUUGAGAUGUGCUAGUUAAACGCCUGUGAAUAGUGGUGGGCAACGAAAGCAAAAGAGGUGGAAAAGGCGGCGGCUAUAGGGAACACAAGACAGCUCUACAGACUAAUAAAAGAAACUGGGGUUUAGAAGUUAAGUGUAAGUGAGACUAUCUCGGAAAAAGACGACACUCUUAUCUACUCUCGGACCAGACGUUUAGGACGAUGGGCAGAACACUUUCAGGAGCAAUUCAGCUGGCCUUCAGCUACUCUACAUCUACCCACCAUUCCCAGGCAGUGUGAAUGGAACGUUGAAGUAGGUCCCCACACCCUAGAUGAAGUUCAAAACACUAUAACUAAUCUGAUACGAGGAAGAGCAGCUGGUCCAGAUGGAUUGGCUCCAGAUGUCUCUAAGUAUAGUGGUCUAGUUUUAGCGAUUAGGUUAGAUAAAAUCUGGGAGUUGAACGUAAUUGCAUCCGACUGGUCUUAAUCACUGAUUAUCCCAUUGUAUAAGAAGGGGUCAAAUUCAUCCUAUGACCGCCAUAGAGUGAUUAGUUUGACUAAAAUAGCAUCUAAAACACUAUCCUCAAUAAUUAUCGGCCGCCUAAUACUUGUGAACUGCAAACAAGAGAAAAUCAGGCUGAUAUUAGACCUGGUCGUGGCUGCAUCGACCACAUGUUCAUCACUCGUCAUGUUCUAGAACACAGUCAUACUUAUCGGCGUACGACAAUGGUAGUCUUUCUUGACUUAAAAGCAGCAUUUGACUCUGUAGACCGAGAGGUUCUGUAGCAGUUUCUGUCAUUGAAAGGCGUACCUCAGAAGUACAUAAACCUUGUAAAGGCUUUUUACUCGAACACUACUAGUCGAGUGAGAGCUUAUGUCGAACUGUCAUCUGUUUUGUAACCUCAAAUGGUGUCCGGAAAGGUUGUCCACUAUCUCCAGUUUUGUCCAACUUCACUAUAGACACACUGCUGGAAAUGACGUUCUCCUCGACUGAAUUUUCGGACAUUUAUCUCCUUCCAGGAGGUCGACUUUUAAUACGCUGAUGACAGUCUUGUUUGGUGAAAACGCUGAUAAAAUGUAGGGUGUUUUGGUAGCAACGAUGCCAGAAUAUUUGGGAUGCGUUUCUCCCCAUAUAAAUGCAAUUUGUUGCUUCAGAACUGGCCUGCGUCAACACCUGCACUAAGCAUAGGGAGUGAAGUAGUCGAACACUUCGACAACUUCACUUAUCUUGGGAGUCUGAUGAGCCCUGAUGGGUUGGUGUCCGAUGAAAUCUCUUGACUGAUUCAGAAAGCUCUUUUGGAUUUUACCAACUUACGUCACCACCUAUGGUGAAGGCAAGGUAUCCGUUCAUCAAUUAAGUGACGAGUAUACUGCUUGGUAGUUGGAUUUGUUCUACUUUGCGGCUGUGUAACGUGACCAUUAAGAGUAGAAGAUACUCGUAAGCAACUAGUAUUUGAUCACAGAUGCCGUGGAAAUAUUGCUCGCAUCUGAUAGGAUCACGGGGUAAGUAAUAAUGAGGUUAUGCACAAACUAUUAGGGAAUGAUGGUAAAUCAGUUGAUGAGAUUGUAAAUCAUCAUCGACUGAGAUGGUUGGGUCACGUGUUACGUAUGCCUGAACACCAUUUACCACGACUCACAAUUCUGAAAACCGUUUACCACGACGCGCAAUGCUAACCGGUGUUGGGGAUGGUUGGAAUUAAGUCAGGGGCGGCGAAACCAAAAGGUUGCAUCAGUCAUUGAAGUCACUUACUUCUGAUCUGAGCCAUGUUGGAAGAUGCGGUGUACUUGGUUGUGGUCUGCGUGAUUAUGGUAACCAAUUGUUGGAGAUUAUGUGUGACAUGGCUGAGAAUCGAUCACAAUGGCGUCGGUGUAUACACUAUCUGUCUUCCCUUAAACGGUGAGAUUAAAAUUUUUCUAUACUUUUCUUUCUAAGAACCGGUUUUUUGUUCUUGUGUUAUAUCUUUAUACACAAUCUUUCUUUUAUAUAUUACUAUCAUUGAAGUAACUACUAUGAAUUUGGUGUUGAUAUUGUUGUGGUGAUGAGGUGUGGCAAGUUGGACUGAUGCAUAUAUAUGCCUGAUCUUACUUUAUAGCUGACUGGCUGACUGAUAUCUUCUGUGUCCUAUCCAGGUUACUGAAUGGUUGUAUAUGACGUAGUGGGCGUACGUAUUACAUCUCCUUCUAAUCACCCUAUUAAACUUCAUUAAGCAUUGUACUACACAGCACUCUUCCCAAAUCAGAAUAUAUAUAUAUAUAUAUAUAUA